AUUUCUGAAGUGAGACUAGGAGGAGGAGAUGAAUAAUUCCCUGCAGUAUCUAGCCUACCCUGUAAUUGUCUCUAAUCACAGGCAGAGCACAGACUUCAGGAAGAAACUGGACUUCGGCCAUUACGUAUCUCACAAGAAUAGGAUAGAGAUAGUGAAACCUGCUGUCGAUACCAAACCUCCAGUGACACGCACACAUCACAUUUUAAAGCUGGGCAAACUACAGGGUGAACAAAAGAGAAUCAACAAAAUCGAGCAUGAAAACAAGCAACUGUGUCAGAAAAUUGCCAAUGCCCAUCGCGGCCCUGCCAAGGUGGAUUGCUGGAAUGAGUACUUCUCCAAAAGCUUAAACAGAGAAACAAGGAACCGGAACCUGGUGAGAAUCACCAUUGAAAACCAGGGCAUCCUGAAGAGGCUGGAUGAUCGCAAAUCAAACUAUGACCGCAGGUCGUCGGAGAUGGACUGGCAGAAGUCAAGACGUUAUAUCAAAAAUACAACAAAGUAUCUUUUCUACCAAGCUGGAUAGGUUACUCCCCACAGAACAGACGCAAGAGAAGGCUCUGGGAUUUCUUAGCUGCUUGGGAUCUCAAGACACUCAAGAUUGGCUGCAUGCUCAAUCUUAGGGAUGCUACAAUAAAGCUUGAAACACAAAA